UGCUUUCCCUACUCUCUCUCUCUCUCUCUCUCUCUCUCUCUCUAGCGUUUCUCUUGUGCCUAUAUUUAAGCCUUUGUGCGUGAGCAAGUGAGCUUGGAAACGGAAGGACAGCUGAGACUCGUUCACCGUUACUGUUCACGGUGGCUAAAUCGGCUGCUUUUGACUCUGCUCAUCCAUCCUCUCUAUAUAGAAGACUCCAUUGCACAUUCACCGUAUCGAUUCUCGACUCUUUGUCUCUUUCUACUCUCUCCAAUGUCUUCAGAAGAGAAGAAGAGCAACACGGAUUUGGCCGAGGAAGCGAUGGAUUACGGCAACCGCAGCAGCAACAGUGACCAGUUCACCACCGCCUCCCCGGUCGUCAAAGGCAAGAGGACGAAGCGGCAGAGGCCAGCCGCGGCCGCCCCGGCCUCGUCGAUCUCGUCGGCCGAGCUCUCCAGCAGCACCACCGAGGAAGAGGAGGACAUGGCCAAUUGCCUCAUCCUCCUCUCUCGGGGUCGUGCCUUGGAUGCCGAUCCACCAGGGACCCAAGCAGCAGCGGAGGAAACCGCCAUGGCGACCACCGGGAAGGCCGCGCCCGAUGUCUACCAGUGCAAGACCUGCAACAAAUGCUUCCCUUCCUUCCAGGCUCUCGGCGGGCAUCGCACGAGCCACAAGAAGCCAAAGGCAGACGAGGAUCGUGUGCAGAUCAGCACGAGUUCCUCGACCUCAAAGCCGGCUCCGACGCCGAGCGCCACCAACACCGGCGCCGCUGCGGGCAGCAACAAGCCGAGGGUGCACGAGUGCUCGAUAUGCGGGUCGGAGUUCCCGUCCGGGCAGGCCCUCGGCGGCCACAUGCGGCGUCACCGUCCGAUAACGCCCGCGGAGCCACCGGAAGCGAAGAAGGAGAAGCACGUCCUCUCGCUGGAUCUUAACCUCCCCGCACCACCAGACGACGACCGCGAGGAGCCGCCACGGCCCACCUCGUCCGCCAUGCCCUUCCCCUUCGAGCUCCAGCAGCCGCUUGUAUUCUCGGCAUCGGCUUUGGUGGAUUGCCAUUACUAAGCCAUCAUUCAGCACACGAAAGAAAACACCUCAAAAUCUCUCCUCCUUCAUUCUGUAUUUGUUUUAAUCGGUCAUAGAAAAUUGGAAUUAUGAACAUCAUGUGAAUCAAAUUACUUCAACAUUUUAAUCGAUUCUUUGGAU